AUGUCUGCUCCAUCUCCCGGUGAGCCUAUGGAGAUCACUUCCUCCAACAACGCCAGCACGACCUCUCCUUCGAGCAAGCACAACGAUACGGAUGCCAACGGCGCAUCCAAGCACACCUCGCCUACAGACCAAUCUGCGAACAACUCGAUCGCCAUGCCCGCCGCGCCCGCAGCUGCGGCCGCGGCUGUGCACCAGCCAAAGAUUGUGCAGACAGCUUUCAUACAUAAGCUGUACAGCAUGCUGGAGGACCCAAGCAUACAGCAUCUGAUAUCAUGGUCAGCGAGUGCUGAAAGCUUCGUUAUGUCACCGUCCGCGGACUUUUCCAAGGUUCUAGCACAAUAUUUCAAACACACCAACAUAUCCUCUUUCGUCAGACAAUUGAACAUGUAUGGGUUUCAUAAAGUGAGCGACGUUUUCCACACGACAAAUCCCGAGACCGCUUUGUGGGAAUUCAAACAUGGAAACGGCAAUUUCAAGCGAGGCGACCUGGUUGGACUCCGUGAAAUCAAACGGCGAGCUUCACGUCAUGCUCUUGUUCACCGGGAGUAUCCCAACUCAAAGCCCAGCCCUUCGCAGCCCGGAACGCCUUCGGAACCGAUGCCUCCCCCGAGCGAUGGCUCCGAAAUGCGUAUGCCUGGGCUCGAGCAUACGCUGUACGACCUGAGCAUGCGACUGCAGAGAAGUGAAGAGAAUGCCCAUUACAUGCAUAUUAAGCAGCAAGCGGUGAUGGAAACAAUGUCACGGCUCCUCCAAUUCAACCAAGAGUUGUCUAGGACGGUGCUCAGUCUCGUCCCUAGUCCCGACAACCCAGUGCACCGGGAUGUUCUCAAUUUGCAAUCGGAAAUGGCAAGACAGGCCGAGAUGCUCCGAACUAUUGAUGAUCCCCAGGAAUCGCCAUUCUCAAGCAGCCGAGCAUACUUCACCAACGUGGAGAAUGCACCGGUUUCGCCGCGGCAGUUACCCCAGGAUGACCCAAGACGAAACGCGAAUCUUGCUGUUCCCCAGCCCAGAGGGCAGAAUUUCUACCGGCCUCCUGUGCCUUCGAAUCUCUCGAUCAGCACGCGAAGACCCUAUGGCUCGAUUGGUGGUGGUUCGGUUGGCGGUGGUUCAGUGCCACAGGCCUCAUCUCCCUUGCGGGGGGCGCCGCCUCCGCCUCCUCCGGGGCCGCAUCCCUUGGCUCAGGUGGAGCCGCCUCCUGGAAGUCUAGCAAGACGUCACACAUCGGCUGAUAUACGGGCACACGGGUGGCAGCCCAGUGCCCCGCCGCCGUUUGCUUCAGGGCCUCCAUCAGGACCGCCUUCCGGACCUUGGCCAUCUUCGCCCAGCCGACUCGCGCCGGAUGACCAGCGCCUAAGGGAGUCGCUGUCCACCUACUCACUGCAAAACGCGACCCAAGUACGGCCUCUAUCGCGACCGACCACACCUCCUGGCGCACCCUUUUCGAAUGGUGGUGGUGGGGAUACCUUUGGCAACUGGUCGUGGAACUCGGCCAACCGGGACAACAAGAAUUUAGCCAUCAGAGAUCAUUCAGGACCACCCACGCGUCGCGGAAGUAUGGCGCAUAUCCUCAACCCGACUGACACGGCUGAACGAGACGACGAGGAUGAGGAUCCCCGAGGCGACGAUGAUCGGAAGCGCAAGCGUAUGCAGUGA